AUGGACCGCGACGUGUACGCGCUGCUGCCGCUUCCCGCGCUCGGGUCUUUGCCGCUGUCUUUCCGCAUCUCUUCGAUACAAGGCUUUCUUGCCCGGCACUCUGCCGUGCAGCUCUUGGACGAGCCACAGGCGCGACUGUGGGGAAAGCACAAUGACGAAUUUCCUGACCUCUACGUAGAAGUGAGGGUGUAUGCGGACAACAAACCUCUUUCUGAGCCUGUUCGUACAAGCUACAAAUCAAUGAGAAAUGGCUGGAGGUGAGCGAGCUUGCUGCAGCGAGUUGUACAACGGGGUGAACCUAGCUGACUUGAGACCUGCGUAUGCCCAGGUUCAACGAUUCUAUCACAUUUGCGACCUUGCCACUAUCCUCACUACCACUCAACGCUCAGGUAGGCUUGACCAUUUGGGACUCCGCGGGCAGACUAGAGGGUGGUAAGAGAUGCGUCGGCGGAACUACUUUCAAGCUCUUUGGCAAGAAAGGGUGAGUCGCAAACCGCCACCCGCCGUACACCAGCUAGAUCAAGCGCUGAUGGAUCAUGCCCUACUCCUCCCCGUGUAGCACCCUGAAAACAGCGUCACACAGGUUGUUCGUUUGGCCAGAGAUGCAAGCGGAUGGAAGUGCGGAGACAUCGACGCCAUCGAAGGUCAGAGGUGCUGCUGCUGAGAAUGUCGCAAGAGGUGGAGCAGCUCAAGGCUCAGAUGCGGAUGGGCUGGGAGUCGGCGCCAGUGAUGAGCAGGGCAAGGAUGAGAUGGGGAGGCUAGAAAAGGUGUGUCCACGUGAGAUAAGUAAUGCGCACAUGUACAGCGCUCUCAUGGCUCCCUCCGUUCCCGCCUCCCGCCUCUGCGUUUCAGCUCAUCAAGCUUCACGAAGCAUCAUCUCUUCCGCGGCUGGCUUGGCUGGACAAGCUGACCUACCGGCAGAUUGAGAGAAUCAAUGCAGAGCAAGGUGUGCACUCCCAGGCUAUGUGGCUCUAUGUUGAUCUGCCCCGCUGGGAUGCGCCUGUCGUCUGGUGUGAGCUGGAAGGGAACCCUGCGCAUACCGUGGCAUCGACCUCAGCAGCGCCUACAGGCGUCGAACCAGUCAACACAACGCCGGGGGUUGGCGCAAUCGACACUGGCUUCUUUACAGUCUUUGACGCCGAGCAGAUUCCCAUGCAGGAUCCUCUGGAUGGUAGAUGGGGACUAUUGGAAAACCCAAUCGAGGCGAAAUCAAGGCGUCUGGCCAGAAGCCACCGCAACGGACCGCUCGAUCGAGAGCUAAAGCCAGACGCCGCAAUUCGAGACGAGCUCAACGUGAGUUGGCUACGUGAUGGUCUCCACGUUCAAGCGCUGACGGGACCGCGCGAAUACGUCUAGGAUAUCCUCUCCUACCCACCCACUCGAGCACUGACCUCACGAGAAGCAGAUCUCUUAUGGUCGUUCCGCUUCUAUCUGUCAAGAUUCCCGGGUGGCUUGACUAAAUUUCUCAAGUCUGUGUCCUGGUCAGAUCAGGGAGAAGCAAAGCAAGCCACUGAGGUGCUGAUGCCCAUGUGGGCUAAGAUUGGCUUAGACGAUGCUCUUGAGCUGCUUGGACCUGGAUUUCGUGACCAGCGUGUUCGGCAUUACGCAGUACAGACAUUGGAGCGUGCCGACGAUGACGUGAGUGCGACUCCGUGAAGCUCAGAGGAUCUGGACGCGAUCGCUCAUACAACGCACCGCUACAAUCUGUCCAGGAACUUAUUCUGUACCUUCUACAGUUGGUACAAGCGUUAAAAUUCGAUGACGCGUCAGCUGUGGGAGCUCCGGAGCCCGGACCAUUGACCUCGUUCGGACCAGAGAGCGGGGUUUCCAGUGGGGCGGAUUCUGCUACCCUUGCACAUACGGCACCAGGCGAUCUCAUCGGCGUCUCGCAGACUUUGAGGCCCUAUCUGAUCAAUCGCGCUCUGAAGUCUGCUCAGUCCGGUGACUUGGUACUGGCCAAUAACUUAUAUUGGUAUUUGACGGUAGAGACGGAGGACAAGAGAUGGGGCCGCAUGUAUCGAGAUGCGAGGCAAGAGUUUCUGAGCUCGUGCGAGAGAGUGAGUGGUGCGGUGUGAACCCUUGCACUAGCACUGUUGUAACACUACAAGCUGCUUAUCCUCUCAAAUAAAGGUGGGCGAUGCUCUGCUAGCCUCGCUAUUCAAACAACAAGCCGCGCUCGUUGCUCAGCUUAGCAAGCAAGCUCUGCUUCUUCGAUCCUCCAAGGACUCUCGCCCAAAGAAAAUUGACAAGCUCCGAGCUUUCAUUGCGGAUCCAAAGUCAAAAUUGCAGGAUUUUGAGACAUCAGGUCUACCGCUGCCGCUGGACGCCACGGUCCGCGUGAGUGGGAUCAGGGCUGAGGAGAGUACAAUCUUCAAGAGCAACCUGUUUCCGUUACUUCUGCAAUUUGACAGAGUACCGCAGCUGCAGCCGUCACACGAAUACGGAGAAGCGUCGGCUGAGUCGUAUGGCGUCAUCUUCAAGAAUGGCGACGACCUUCGCCAGGACCAAUUGGUGAUUCAGCUUUUCACCUUGAUGGACAAGCUGCUACGCAACGAGAAUCUCGACCUGCGCAUGACGCCCUACCGCGUCCUAGCUACAGCCUCGCUGGACGGAAUGGUCCAAUUUGUGCAAUCCGCGAGCGUCGCAAGCAUCCUGGCGACCCACAGCGGAAAUCUAUUGAACUACCUGCGCUCAUAUCAUCCUGAUGAGACCAGCCUGGCGACGUAUGGUGUGAGGCCAGAGAUUUUGGACACCUUCAUCAGGAGCUGUGGUACGUCAUCAGCAGCGAGACGAUGACCUGCGCCAUCUGACAAACGGCUCAUUUGACGGGCCCCACCUCUCUGUGCAGCUGGAUAUUGCGUGGUUACAUACCUCCUCGGCGUGGGGGACCGCCAUUUGGACAAUCUUUUGUUAGCGCCUGAUGGUCAUUUCUUCCACGGUGCGUUGAAGCAACUGCGUUAGGGGUUUAAGCGUGGCCCCACGACGCUAGAACUAAAUUUGCAACUUUCGAUUUGUGAUUGAGCAGUGGACUUUGGCUACAUCCUUGGCAGAGACCCAAAACCGUUUCCUCCAGCUGUCAAGCUUUGCAAGGAGAUGGUGGAUUGCAUGGGUGGAACGCAAUCACAGCACUACUUGCGGUUCAAGAGUCUCGCUCAUACGGCUUUCGCAAAUUUGAGAAAAAACGCUAACCUGAUUUUGAAUUUGAUUGCGCUGAUGGUGGAUGCCAAUGUGCCCGACAUCAGAGUGGAGCCAGACAAAGCUGUACUCAAGGUGGGUCGACUAGGCGGAGCGCUGCGAACGAAUAAGCUGCUCAUCUCACAAAUGACUUGCUGGUUUGCCAGGUCCAAGAAAAGUUCCGCCUUGAGCUCGGAGAAGAAGAGGCAAUCCAAUUCUUCGACGGCCUUCUCAACGAGACAUCGUAUGUCACCAUGGUAUUUGAUCGGCUACACGAUGCGGCACAAUUCUUUAGGUCAUGA